UCCCCCUUCGUACCCCCGACUCCCGCACGCAGCGGGCGAGGGGCUGCGGGGCGACGGCGGGCGCGGGGCCCGCGGCUCUUUCUCUGCCUUUUUUGGUGGUUCCGUCCUCCUCUCCCCACCCCCGGCGGGCGGCUGCGUGCGCAGGAGCCAUCCCGGGGCAGAGGUGUUUGUACUCGUGUCCUUGGGUGGAAGGGAGAGGCAGAGCCGGCCCGCCGCCAGCGCCGCUCCGGCCGGGCCCGGCCCCGCGCCCUCCGCACGCACCGCGGGGCUUCGGGAGCGGGCGGGGGCCGGCGGCCGUGCCCUGCCGGCCCGAGGCUUCCCCCAGCCCGGGCCGGGCCCCGCUGCCCCUCGGAUCUGAUUAUUGCAGUGCAGUAGUACAUCUGGGAUUGAAAGCAGCAAGAGGAAUCUCAGAAGUUCAAGAUUGCUGAAAUCUCAUCAGUCUGGUUUAUAGAAGAAGGGAGAAUGGCUCAAGAAACCAACCGUAGCCAAGCGCCCAUGCUUUGUUCCACUGGCUGUGGAUUUUACGGGAAUCCUCGCACAAAUGGCAUGUGUUCAGUGUGCUACAAAGAACACCUUCAAAGGCAGAACAGCAAUGGUAGAAUUAGCCCUCCUGCAGCCUCUGUCAGUAGCAUCACCGAGUCCUUACCGGUCCAGUGCACAGAGAGCAGUGCCCAGGAAACUCAGUCCACUUUAGAUUCUACAUCGACUCCAUCUAUGCAGCCAAGCCCUGUGUCAAGUCAGUCACUUUUAACAGAAUCCGUAGCAUCCUCCCAAGCGGAUAGUACGGCUGUGGACAAAACAGUACCUGAGACAGAAGGGUUGCAAGCUUCAGUGUCAGAGAAUGCAGAGCCUACACCUGAAGAACAGGACAAGUCACUUGACAAACCAAAACAGAAAAAGAAUCGUUGUUUCAUGUGCAGGAAGAAGGUUGGACUGACUGGGUUCGAAUGUCGGUGUGGGAACGUUUACUGUGGAAUGCACCGUUACUCAGAUGUACACAGUUGCUCUUACAAUUACAAAGCUGAUGCUGCUGAGAAAAUCAGAAAAGAGAAUCCUGUAGUUGUUGGGGAAAAGAUUCAGAAGAUCUGAACUGCUGCUUCUGCUGGAAUACAAAAAUCUUCUGACCAUCUGCAGAUUAAAUUGACUUGAGCUUUUUUCCUUAGUCAUCAGGAACGUAGAGCAGUGUAUCUUGCCUAGACCUUUAAUCAUGCAUGUCAUCAGAUGAAUAGAUUUUUUUGUUUUCAUUUUUUUUGUUUUGAAAAUGACUCUGAACAUUAUUUUCAUUGCAGUUUUCUGUGGCUGAAGACUUAAGUAAACUUUACAAGUAUUAUCCUUUAAGAUCAUUUUAAUUUUAGUUGAGUGCAGAGGGCUUUUAUAACAAACAUGGAGAAAAUAUUGGAGGGCUGUGCUUUUCCAGGAUAAAACAUGCAUGCGUUAACUUUGCAGUUUAUUUUCUUGUUGUAUAUAGCUUUUCUCUGCAGCACAAUUUCCUUUUUUUUUUUUUAAUUGAUAAUGCCUUGUAUGGCACAACUAGUUAUCAGUAACUGAAUGUAUUUUAAUCAUUAUGGCUGCUUCUGGUUUUUUUUCCCAUUAACGAGAGGUUAUACAUGUUCGCAUAUUAGCUUGUUUGCACCCUCUACCUAUUUAUGUAUGAAUCAUUUGUAAUGAGAGUGUGUGCUGAGAUUGUGUGGGGUUUUUUGUUGUUUUCUUUUUUUUAAUUGGGGUUUGUUUUUGUGUGUGUGGGGGGAAGGCUGUAUGCACUUCAUUGACUGCAGUUUUCAUUGGGAUUACAUCCAUCAGUUUGUCUGUACACAAAUAUGAAGAAUGAUCUGAAGUACCUGUGCUGUAUUUAUGUUUAUCCACGUCUUAACUUUGAUUAAAUAAAAUUUAAAAAAAUUCAA